ACUCGUAUCUGCACAUUCACCGAGCAGAUAAGCUGCAUUCAUCCCAGAGCCGACGAACAACCCUAGAAAAUUUACAAAGGAUGAGGCGGACCAAGGCGAUAGGUCUGGGCUUGUGCGGAGAUCAUCAGUGUACUUUCCGGUCCUGCUUCCAUGUUCGUGUUUCGUCGUAUUAUUGUGUUCUAUCCAAUCAAUGCGUCAUUUCAUAUAGGCUUGUUUCUACAUCUCACACUUCAUUCCAUUCAAUCUUUGUCGGUUACGCGUCCGCAGAAUAAAACUGCAUCUUCAUCAGAAUCAGGUCUCAUGCUCUGGUCGAGGCUAACUCUGGAAUCUAAGGACAACUGUAUUGACUAUUGCUCGCUAGAGUCAGGCUGUCAUUUCUCGCGUUCCCCGCUGCUUUUGGGUUACGUGCGUUGGCCAGUUGCCUUGUUUGCCUUCUUUUUGACGACGUCUGCUUCCUAUGCGCGAUUAACGGAUUGAGGCUGAAAGUAUGCAGCCAAGGAGGGUCCUGCAACAGGACCAGCCAACGGGGCGUCACGCCCUAUCUCAAGCUGCACGUUAUAUGGCUGCCUCGGAUCCAUCAUUUGCGUGGUUU